UUCCUAUUCGCUCCCGAGUUUUCACAUGAAACCUAAAUCAUAGUUUUAUAUUGUUUGGCCUAAUAUAGUAACAACUUUAAAUUCAUUAUACAACUAAUAUAUUGCUUAGCUCAAAUCAGUCCCAACCAGUUUGGUUUAAUAUAAGAAGAGCUGUAAAAGAGUAAAAACGGUUUCAAGAAGCAUCUAGAUAUGAUCCUCCUUUCGGUUGGUUCCUCUUCCUCAUCUCAGAUCGCCGCCAUCUUCUCCGUCACGCUUCUUCUGUUCUACUUCUCUGAAGCUACUCUAGGAUCUCCUUGUCCGAUCAAUGGCUUACCAAUCGUGAGAAACAUUAGUGAACUUCCUCAGGAUAGCUAUGGAAUACCAGGUCUUACCCACAUGACAGUUGCGGGGUCCGUAUUGCACGGAAUGAAAGAGGUUGAAAUAUGGCUUCAAACGUUUGCUCCAGGUGCAGCGACACCGAUUCACAGGCACUCAUGUGAGGAGGUUUUCGUUGUACUAAAGGGUAGUGGUACUCUGUAUCUCGCUGAAACGCAUGGAAGUUUCCCUGGCAAACCAGUUGAGUUUCCAAUAUUUGCCAACAGUACGCUUCAUGUUCCAAUCAAUGAUGCUCAUCAGGUCAAGAACACCGGUAAUGAGGACCUGCAGGUGCUGGUCACUAUAUCUCGGCCGCCUAUUAAAAUCUUUACCUAUGAUGACUGGUUUAUGCCACACACUGCUGCAAAGUUGAAGUUUCCUUUCGUUUGGGAUGAGCAAUGCUUCCAAGAAUCUCAAAAAGACGAGCUCUAGAGAAAAGUCCAAGGCCAAAUCCAAGAACGAUCUUUAAAUAAUAAAACCAUAUUUAAGUUUUCUUUUUUUGUGUGUGUGUGUGUGGGUGGGACAGUUGAUGCUGGUAAAUUUGUAAGUGUUACAUAAAUGGUGUGAAGUUUAAUAAGUGUUUUUAACUCUUAAGUCAAGUGAGUCUUGGUUUUGAAAAUAUGUAACAAUGAUUGAACACAUCUUGAUUGGAAUUGUGGUUUAAAUAUAUGUA